AGUUGUUUUUUUUAUAAUAGGAAAAAAAAGACGGAAACUACGAAGCAAAGUUCGGCGCUGGUUAUUUGAAGGAGGGAGACGGAAACUACGAAGCAAAGUUCUUCGACGCAGCUGCUGCCUAGAUAUCACGGCUACCUCCAAUUCUCCAUCAGUCAGAGACUCCAUCUGAAAUUGCAAUGGAGACGGAAACUAGUUUGGGCGCCCUACCAGUAGAUUGUCUUGCUAACAUUCUGUCCUUGACUACCCCCAAACAAGUUUGCAGCCUUUCUCUGGUCGCGUCCUUCUUCCGCUCAGCCGCAUUUUCCGGCGCCGUCUGGGAGCGCUUCCUGCCACCCGAUCACCGUGAUAUCAUUGCCCAGUCUCCUAACGCCGCCGAUUUUCUCACAUCUCUCUCUAAGAGGGAUCUCUACUUCCGUCUCUGUGACUUCCCUGUCCUACUCGACGGUGAUACCAAGAGUUUUUCACUGGAGAAAAAGAGUGGGAAGAAAUGCUAUAUGAUAGCUGCCAGGGCCCUUAAUAUUGUGUGGAUGGACACACCUGGAUACUGGCAAUGGAUCUUUCUCCCACAUUCCAGGUUUCCCGAAGUGGCCGAGCUUCUGGACGUCUGCUGGCUUGAAAUAUGUGGCAAGAUAAAAAGCACCCUUCUGUCUCCAAACACGAACUAUGCAGCAUACCUUGUCUUCGCAUUGCAACCAAGAACGUAUGGCUUUCAUCACAAGCUAGUUGAUGCUUCCAUUGACAUUAUUGGUGGAUAUGGACAAGCCAAAAAACAGACUGUUUAUUUGAGCACCCAAGUAGAGAGGGAAACUCAUCCACUGUUUGCACCUAGGGAGUUUAUGAAUGCUGUUGCUGGGGAAGAGAAGGCUGCUAGGUUGCCGAAGAUGAGAAGUGAUGAAUGGAUGGAAGUUGAGCUGGGAGAGUUUUUUGUCACAGAUGGGGAGGACAGAGGUGAUAUUUGUGUGAGCUUGAGGGAGGUAAGAGGUCACUGGAAGAGGGGUUUGAAUGGUUUGAUUAUUGAAGGGAUCGAGUUUCGGCCCAAGGAGGAGACGGAUAAAUAAAUAGGUGUAAUUACAAUCUUUUAAUUGAAGCUGUACAUGUUUUUAGUUUUUUAUGAAUGUUUUAUUAAAAAAAAAACAUGUAUUAAAUACUCUUCCCGUCCCCCCCCCCCCCUAAAAAAAAAAAAACUCUUCCCAUCAAAUUCCUAGUUUCCCGUCAAUCAUGGUAUUAAGGGCCAAUUCGUCUUCAUGAUAUAUCUACACAAGUUGUGUGCAAAUAUUGUGCAAGUUUGGUGCAAAUGUUGUGCAAUUAAUCUUUAUAUGUGGUAGUA